CGAGGUUAAACCCUGCGUUCUCUUUUACUCGUUUGUGUGAGAUAGAUAAGGAGAGAAGAAUGAAAUUCAAGAACGAGAAGAAGAAAGGCUUUGGGGCAAAGAGAAUCGGGAAAAAGAGUUCCAUCGAUCGAGAUCCUUUUUUCGACGAAGAGACGAAGAAUCUGGGAAAAUUCAAUUACGAUGAUGAUGAUAUCGAGUCUGUAGAAUCUGAAGAGGAAGGAAAGGUUGGUGAGGAGAUAGAGGAUAAGUUUGCCUAUGAGACGGUAGGUGAGAAACGAAAGAGAUUUUUGGAGGAAACUUCGGAUAGAAUCGAAGAGGCGAAGCGGAAAGAGCGUGAAGAAGAUGACGAGGAAGAUGAUGGUGUUAGAGAUUCGCUUGUGGUGAAGACUUUAAUGCAGGAGCAGCUCGAGAAGAGUGGUCGUGUUCAGAGAGCCAUUGCAUCGAGGGUUCAAGAACCACGGAGUAGCGAUGAGUUUCGUGUUAUAGUCAAACACCAACAAUCUGUUACAGGAGUAGCUCUAUCAGAUGAUGAUUCAAGAGGGUUCUCAGUUUCGAAAGACGGUACUAUUCUGCAUUGGGAUGUAUCUUCUGGUAAAAGCGACGAGUACAAAUGGCCAAGCAAUGAAGUUUUGAAGUCUCACGGGUUAAAAUUCCAGGAAUCUUGGAAUACAAGACAUAACAAACAAUCUCUAGCGCUAGCAGUUAGCUCUGAUGGUCGGUAUUUAGCGACUGGAGGAGUUGAUUGCCAUGUUCAUUUGUGGGAUAUUCGCUUUACAGGUCACCGUGGCAUUGUUUCUAGUCUAUGCUUUAGAGAAGGAACUGCAGAACUCUUUUCUGGUUCAUAUGAUCGAACAUUACGGAUAUGGAAUGCAGAAGAUAGAACAUAUAUAGACUCAAGUUUUGGACACCAGUCUGAAAUUUUAAGCAUUGAUGCUCUAGAAGGGAGCGUGUUCUUAGUGUUGGACGCGAUAGAACAUUGCAGUUAUACAAGUAGUGAUGAGUUUUUGGCCGGAUCAGAUAAUGGAAGUAUUGCACUUUGGUCCAUUUUGAAUAAGAAACCAGUGUUUAUCGUUAAGAAUGCUCACCACGUGAUAGCUGAUCAUGAUUCUGUUAACCAUAACUGUACAUCAGCAUGUUCUUGGGUCAGUUCAGUUGCUGUCUGUAGAGGUAGCGAUCUUGCUGCAUCGGGAGCUGGUGAUGGUUGUGUGCGUUUAUGGGGUGUUGAAAGUGGAUCUAGAGCUAUACAACCUUCAUUUGGGCUUCCACUGCCUGGGUUUGUUAACUCUUUGGCUUUUGCAAAAUCUGGCCAGUUUCUGAUUGCUGGUGUAGGACAGGAACCACGGCUUGGAAGAUGGGGCUGCUUGAAAUCUGCGCAGAACGGUGUUGCAAUACAUCCCUUAAGGCUUUCAUGAAGGGAUCUCAAUUUAGAUUGAUUCAAGUUUUUUUUUUUAUGUAGAGUACUACAUCGAGUACCUUUUUUUUGACAUUGAAGAGAAGAAAGAGAACAUACAGAUGCUCUGAUUAAACAAAGACUCUUUCAUUCCUAUUGAUUCUCCUGCUUUAUGCUUAAAAUGAAUUCUAGCCACUAGC